GAUCAGUGUCUUCACAGAUACCAGAGGGUGCAUUUGGUUUUUUGAUUUGUGUCUCAGGAUGAAAGUCUUAAAGGGAGCGCUGCUGCUGCUGCUGCUCGCUGUUGCUAACGCGAAGCCAGACCACCAUCACGAUCACGAUCACCAUCACGAUCACGAUCACGAUCACAAUCACAAUCACACGGAUCAAAAGCCUGCGGACCCCGAUCACUGCCAGGUCCUGAAGAUGCUUGCCGAAGACGACCUGCAGCAGGUUUUGGGGGACUGGGUCGUGGUCUGGUCGGUUUCGGACCACCAACAGGGUCAGGACGUCCUGAAGAACCUCAGCAGCUCCCAAUUCGAGAUCAGACUUCAGGAGGACAACCAGACCCUGAUGUUCAGCGAGAGGAAGCGCUUCAGUGACGACAACAACUGCACCAACAACUUCAAUAACAUGUCCAUGGAGCUCCUGCACAACCCCAACCAAACAAUGUACUACAUCGAGGGCAAGAUUGAGGUUGAUGGAGUCCUCAGUCCCUACAAUGAAACCGUGAUUAUGAAUUUCUACGAGACGUGUCCUAACUGCAUGAUGAUGGUGUUCAAGACGAAGUCGAUGGAGAACUACCUGGUGAACUACAGGAAGGAGGGUCACCAUCAGGAUGUGGAUCACAUGAAAGCAGAUCACGAUACUCACAGGAAAAUGGCAGAGUGUUUGGGAUUCGACCACGACCAGCCGUACAUCUACGAUGGAGUCGCAGGGAAGGAGGGUCACCAUCAGGAUGUGGAUCACAUGAAAGCAGAUCACGAUACUCACAGGAAAAUUGCAGAGUGUUUGGGAUUCGACCACGACCAGCCGUACAUCUACGAUGGAGUCGCAGGGAAGGAGGGUCACCAUCAGGAUGUGGAUCACAUGAAAGCAGAUCACGAUACUCACAGGAAAAUGGCAGAGUGUUUGGGAUUCGACCACGACCAGCCGUACAUCUACGAUGGAGUCGCAGAUUUCUGUCAUAAGAAAUCCUCUCUAGAAAUGGCGGUCGAUCUACCGCCACCGAUGUAGGACGAAAGAAGAUCGAACAAACAUCCGAGUGUCAACAAACAUGUUGUUCAGCAAACAAUAAAAGCAAAUACUGAAACCUC